AUGUGUCCUGCGGAUCGUGUGCCUCGCCGCCAACACCGUGGUUUGCCACCGCUUUCCUCGCAGAGUAAGAUAAUAAUCCUCUUAACUAACUCGACUUCUAUCAAAAUGCAGCAACCGUACUUCGGUCAGCAGCCCAUGUUGCCACCUGGCUGGCAGCUGUCGUACACUGCCGAUGGAAAGCCCUACUACAUCGAUCAUAACACCAAGACCACCCACUGGAGUAUCCCCCCGACCGCCUACGAGCCGUACUACAACAACGGCCGCGGUCGCGGGGCGGGCUACCGUGGCGGCCGCCAAGGUAUUGACAGAUCGAAGAUGAAGUCAAAGAUGUGCAUUUACUGGGAGAAAAACGGUAACUGCGCAUGGGGCGAUCGCUGCGCAUUCGCGCACGGCGCCGAGGAGCUGCGUAAUCCCGCGAGUCAGCCCCGAAACGAUGCCCCUGCGAGCGCUUAA